AUGGCCAGCGUGCUAGAUUCCGAACCCGGCUCCGAGCUCUUCGCUUCCUAUGAAGCGGACUUUAAGCUGGUACAGGCCGACAUCAGCCAGAAGCUUGAGCAAAUCGCCGAACUUGCCGGAGAGCCGAAAAAGGCCGCCGUCAGGGCGGCGCAGAGAGCAGUAGAGGAAGCUGAUGAAAUUAUCUCACAAAUGCGCAUAGAAGUCCAAAACAUCCCCACAAACAUCCGUUCCAAAUUCUCGCCGCGAGUUCGAAACUACGACCACGACCUUGAUAAAUCCAAACAAUCGCUCAAGCGCGCUGCCGCAGAAGCCGACCGUCAAAACAUCUACGGCGGUAAAGGUCCACAAGGUCAAGAUUCGGUAUACGAACAGCGACAACAGUUAUUGUCCGGGACCGAAAGAUUGGAAAGGAGUAGUCAGAGGUUACAGAAUAGUCAGAGAUUGGCUGCUGAGACGGAGAAUAUCGGAGCGGGGAUUUUGGGGGAUCUGUACGGUCAGAGGAGUACGCUUUUACAUGCUAGGGAGAAUUUGUUGGAGGGGGAGGGGUAUGUUAAUAAGAGCGUGCAGACGUUGAGGGGGAUGGCGAGGCGGAUGGCGACGAAUCGUAUGAUUACUAUUGCGAUUAUUACGGUGCUGGUUCUACUUAUCAUUGCGGUUAUUUUCAACAAGUUCAGGUAA